AUUAAUGUUGCGGCGUGCGUCCCAUGUGCACAGUGCACGCGGCAUGGUGGAUACUUGGCAUGUACCCAAACCCAUCGUCGAUGCAUUGCCAUGGAAACGGCACCGCCGCUGUACGAACGUGCUGUGCCAUAUCGUCACAUUGCGCCACUUUAGAACGGCAAGCUAGUUUCAAGGGCACUGCUCUAUCACGCCUUAAGGAGUGCAAGGACGAUCAAUAUCCUUUUGCACCCUUAUUUCCAUCGUUCCCAUCAGUCUGCCAAAUAUUUUCUCACGUCGACAAUUCGAUCACAUUAUUUCUCUCAAGUUGAUCCGGAAGAUCUGAUAAAUGUGCAGAGUAUUGAAUAUUUACCUCUACACAUUUUAGAAUUUCCUUUUCACAAUUAUCCGUGAAAAUCAUAAAAAAAUAAAUUAAAUGAAACAAUUCAGUAAACAUUUCAAAUGAAAAUAUUUCAUGGCGACACAAUGCAAUACGUUUAAUGGACGAAGGAAAAGGAAUCGCUCGGGCGUAAAGUGUUUGCCCUGAUUGCUCGAAGUGAGUUCGCGUGCGCGGCUAAGAGGCAAUCAUCACGCCCUGAAAGUACUCGUUCGAAUGACAAUGCAGAAAGUGUCGGAGUGAUGUAUUUAUGCGGCAUUAACAUCAACGAAAUCGAUCGCUUCGAAGGUGGCAUGGAUUUUACCAUGUAGUCCCUUCGUAUUUCAGAAAGCACGUGGAAGAGGGAGGAAUGAGGAGAUUCACCCGGUGACCUCGUGCCGCGCGCGGUAAUGCUACUGGCAAACGGUGCCUCCAUACCGACCAUCGCCGGCGCUGUCGAAGAGGAGGAGGAAUACGCACGCAGCGAGGCCAACAGCGUGCAUUACGAUGGAUACGUUACUGAUCAUACCGAUCUGGCCUCGGAGGUCGACAUCGACGAGUCCGAGUACAGGCGGGAGUUGCUUAAUGACAAGUGGCGAAUGCUCUUCGAUAAGUUCGAUCCGGAGGGUUUUGGAGAGAUACCGCUGGAGGAGUUUCUGGCAGCCUUGAGUAGUCCGGAAUGGAAGGCAGAGAUACCGACAAAUAAACGUGACAUACUUUUAUCCAGGGUGAAAGAAUCGCGUGUUCAGGCAGUAACUUUCCAGGACUUCGUCAAUGUGGUGAGUUCAUAAUUCUAUUAUCGUACAUGUUACCUUAUUCCAGAAAUGUGACGUGACAUAAUUUCAAUGUUACACAUCCAUAAGAACAAUAUAGAUUUACUGACUGGUUUCGUGACCUAAAAAAUUCAUCACAGUUGUUCAUUAAAGUA